AUGGCCGCCCAGCUCCAACAAUUCCAGCAGAAGGCUGAGUACUUUAUCUCCCAGAUCGACAAGGAGCUCUCCAAGUACCCCCACCUGAACAAGCUCGAGCAGACUGUCGGCAUCCCGCAGGCCAAGGCCUACGGUGCCGUUGGUUUCUUCCUUCUCUUCACCCUCCUCGUCUUCUUCAACAUCUUCGCGGGCUUCCUGACGAACCUCAUUGGCUUCUUCCUCCCCGCCUACUUCUCCAUGAAGGCUCUUGAGUCGCCCCAGCCUCAGGAUGACAUCCAAUGGCUCACGUACUGGGUCGUCUUCGGCUUCUUCAACUUCAUCGAGUCGUUCAUCGACAUCAUCCUCCACUUCAUCCCCAUGUACUACACCUUCAAGACGCUGGCCAUCGUCUGGCUCAUGCUGCCUCAGACCCAGGGCGCCAAGGUGGUCUACACCCGCGUCCUCCGGCCCGUCAUGGCCAACGCCAGGGGCCAGGGCUCCACCCCCGCUGCUCCCUCGGCUGCUGCCCAGUCGGCUCACACCGACUAA